AUAUAUAGCACCACAUAUUUUUUUUAUUAUAAGCCAGCCAACCGGAUCUCCGGUGGUGAGGCUCAAAAUGGCAUUGCUUCCACUUAUUGCAGAGAAAGAUAGUGAAAUUCUCCACGCUCAAACUCACAUAUGGAACCACAUCUUCAAUUUCAUCAAUUCCGGUUCCCUAAAAUGUGCAGUUCAGCUGGAGAUACCAGACAUCAUCCACAAACACGGUCAACCCAUGACCCUCACCCAGUUGGUCAACGCUCUCCCAAUCAACAACGCAAAAUCCGCCCAGCUCGGUCGUCUCAUGCGCACAUUAACUCAUUCCGGCUUCUUCGUCAGGACCAAAAUCCCCGGGACCGAAGGCUCGGAAGGCUAUUCCCUCGCCCCGUCCGCCACUCUCCUCCUUAAAGACAACCCCUUGAGCGUCAGACCUUUCUUGCUAGCCAUGCUUGACCCCAUUUUGACACAGCCAUGGCACAAUAUCAGAGAGUGGUUUCAGAACGACGACCCCACGCCGUUCGAUACGGCUCAUGGGAUGACCUUCUGGGACUAUGCUGGAAAGGAGCCCAAGCUUAACCGCUUCUUUAACGACGCCAUGGCCAGCGAUGCCCGGCUAGUUAUGAAUGUGGUGAUUAAGUAUUGCAGGGGAGUGUUUGAGGGGUUGAAUUCACUUGUGGAUGUUGGUGGUGGCACUGGAACUGUGGCCAAAACCAUCGCUGAGGCUUUCCCUGAUCUUAAGUGCACUGUGUUCGAUCUUCCGCACGUUGUCCAAGGCCUGGAAGGUACUAAGAACUUGGACUAUGCUGGAGGGGAUAUGUUCGUGUCAAUCCCUCCUGCGGAUGCUCUUUUACUCAAGUGGAUAUUGCAUGAUUGGAGUGAUGAAGAAAGUGUGAAAAUAUUGAAAAAAUGUAAAGAUUCGAUUCCUAGCAAAGAAAAAGGAGGAAAGAUUAUUAUAAUAGACAUGAUGGUAGAUAAUAAGAUAAAGGAUGAUGAGUCUGUUGAAACUCAGAUUUUCUUUGAUAUGUUGAUGAUGAUUCUGGUGACCGGACGAGAGAGGACAGAGAAAGAUUGGGCAAAACUCUUUUUUGAAGCUGGCUUCAGUGACUACAAAAUAAUUCCAAUCUUGGGAUUAAGGUCCUUAAUUGAAGUUUAUCCUUGAAGGAUUAAUAUUGUUCAUCUUGCACUAUGUGAUAAUAUAAUAAAUAUGUGAUAAAAGUUUAUCCUCGAGGGAUUAAUAAAUAUGGUUGAUCUUGCUAUAUGUCUCUGGAAAUUAAAAGAAUAAUCAAAUAAAUUAUAAUAUCUUCUUCUGAGUCUGUGUUACAUUCUGAUGCAAACUAUGCAUGUCUCCGGAAAUUGAUAAUGAUAUCCUCUUCCGAGUCUGUGACACAUUGUAAUGCAAAAUAUGUCUUCAGAAAUUGAUUAUAAUAUCCUCUUCUGGGUCCGUGACCCAUUCUGAUGCAAAA